ACGCGUGUGGGCGCGUUGGAUACGAUUGUGGUGUACUGGAUGCGCCAUGGCGUUCGCGCACCCGGCGCCGGUCGACGUGUCCUACCUGCAGGCGCGCGAGUCGGGCUACCUGCUGGGCCGUGCGCGCGCCUCGUCAGUGGCCCUGCCGGGCCUGGCGCCGCCGCAGCGGGACAUCACGGAGGAGUUGGUGGAGCAGCGCGGAGAUGACCUGGUGGCCGGCGGCGGCGGCCUGCGCGUCUUCCUGCGCGUCCGGCCGCAGCUGGACGGCGACUUCGGUGACCUGCCACCGGAGGAGCGCAAACCGGUCCUGGAACGAUCCAGCGACAUCCACCUGUUGAUGCACGCCCCGAAGGACUCGGCAACGUACAAAAAUGGCGUCAACAACAACGGGAAGCUAACUCACAGGUACACGUUCUCGCACAUAUUCGGUCCGGACACGGAUCAGCGUCGCCUGUUUCGGCAGACCACGCUCAAACAUGUGUCCGAGUUUGUCAACGGCCGCAGCUGUCUACUCUUCACGUACGGCGCCACCAAUUCGGGCAAAACGUACACCGUCCAAG